UGACGUAAUAGUGGUCGUGGAUGAGACGGCAACUUUUGUUGCGCUCGCGAGCCUCCAACAGACAAGUCUGUCAAGGAUGCCAACGCGCAACAAACAGGAUGCUUUCACAUAAAAUCUUUCAAACACUUAAGGAUUUCGAGGAAGCGUUAGCAGACGUUGAAGAAACAACGAUCACAAAGUAUAUUGUGUACAAAAAGGAACAGGUUUUCGGGGAAAAUAACGUGCAACCUUCACCAGGGAAAAAGAUAUACUGGCAGUUGAAAUGUGUACCAUAUGAUGGGGUGCCAUUCCAACUCGUGGGCACCAAGAUAUAUGGAUGCCACCAGGGAAAGGACAGGUGUACUCGGCAAAAGGAGAAGUACCAUGCACAAAAAGAGAAACAAGCGCUUGAAGACCAUGUCUUCAAUGCAAGACGCCAUCUCGUACAAAAUACGAAGAAGAUGGAUUGCCCUGCCCAGAUAACUGUCAGUCAGGUCAUGAAAUGUCCUGGUUUCAAGAUUGCAGAGAACAGUAAAGCAAAGAGGAGGGAGCUCUCAGCAGCACUAAAGGCUGUAGUUGCAGCUGAUCCUUCAACAGUUGAAGUAGUCAUGGAAUACCACACAUGCUUCACCCCAGAAAGUGACCAUCAAAACCAUCCAACUGUUGGAGAGGUAGCUGAACUGCGUGAACCGAUGGAUUCCAGAGUUGAACAACAAAUAGUGAAGCUCACCUUGGCUGGUGCCAGAAAGCUUAGUGAGAUUAGACGUCAACUGUUCAAUUUUGUAAAUGACGAGCUAUUCCGGGGGGAGCAGCCACCUCCACAAACACGUCGGAGGUUUUACCCCACAGACAAGGAUAUCAGGAAUAUCUUAUCAAGAACGAAGGAGGGAAUACGUGAAUCCAAAAAUGACCAGGUCAAUCUGCAGCUUCUGACGCCCAGAUGGUUAGUUGAUGACUGCAAAAUCAAGUACAGGCCAAGCCAGCUACAGGAGGACGGAACUAGUGAGACAACAGCAGAUGUCAAAGAAGCCCUCCAGGUGUUUAAGGAGUGGAACCCUGACUGGAGCCCUAGCCACUUCAUGGUUGAUUUCUCAGAGGUAGAGAUCGGUGCCCUGGAGGAAGAGUUUCAAGGUUCCAAGGUGCUUCUCUGCGACUUCCAUAGGGAGAAAGCUUGGGUUGAAUGGUGCAGGAAGAAAGAUCAUGGAGUGAGCCACGCACAAGACAGUCUCCUACCGCUUCUGAGAAGCAUUGCAGCUGCUUCAACUCCAGAGGAGUUCAGCACAUGCCUUUGCAACCUGCAGGAGGCCAAAGUCUGGAAGGACAAUGAAAAAGUGAGGGCGUGGUUUUCAAAUAAGUGGCUCCCAGAGGCUAAGAGAUGGGUGCACGUGUUUCGGGAUGAAGAUCUCAAGGUGGCCAUCUACACCAACAAUGGGGUGGAAAGACAAAAUGAAACCCUAAAGCAUUCUCAUCUUGAAGGUUAUAAGAACUGCAGCCUCAGUGAAAUGCUCACUGUGUUGGUAACUGACUUCCUACCAAGGACAUAUCGGAAGUACAUUGAACUCAAUGUCAAGUACUCCUCAUUCUACAGAAGGUACAAUGAGAACAUGCCAAAGUUCUUAAAAGACAGACCAAGAAGUGUAGCAGACCAUGUGAUGUCAAGGCUUACAGAAGCCCAGUUUUAUGAGGCGAAUGACGUUGUUGCAAAGGGCAAUGGCAUGUUCCAUGUCAAAAGCCAAAGUCAUCCUUGCACACAGCACCACAUCAACUUUGGUGAAAGUAUCAUCAUGCCAUCGUGCACCUGCAAAGACUGGGCAAAGCACAAGUUGCCCUGCAAGCACUUCUGUGCUGUUUUUAAUCAUGUGCAUGAAUGGGGUUGGGAGAAACUGGCAUCUAAUUACAGGGAUAACCCCCUCUUCUCCCUGGAUAAUGCAUGUCUGGGACAGACUUCUUGUGAGAGGGAUGACAGCGGCAGAUCAGACAUCACAGAUCAUACAUACACACCGGUAUCAGUGGAAAUGCAGUCACCAUGUAACGCUUUGCCCGAAAGGAAAAGACCAAGAAAGGUUAAACAAAGAAGGGAAUGUGCCAGUCUCUUGCGUGAGAUUACUGACUUAACAUACCAUCUGCAAGAUGAAGAUUACCUUAAAACGUUAACUGACCAAAUGACCGAGAUCUUGGAAGAUGUGAAGCUACACACUCCACAUGAUCAGAGCCUUCCUCUGACGUUCACACCUAAGAAAAGGAAGAAGGAGAUGGCCAACCUACCUGUGAAAACCGUACCACAAAAGCACCCAUUCACAAAAAGGGUAGGCUGCUUUGCGGAAGCUAUGAGGUUGAACUUCCGGGUCAGCAUGAAUGUGGAGGGAGUAGAGAAGGGUCCUGAUGUCUCAACAAAAAAAUAAUCCCUAUUAAAUUAUCCAUACAUAUUUUUAUUCUAUUUAAUUACAACUUGUAUUGCAACAUUUUUACUUUAACUCUGUAAGGUUAGUCUUUUUAUUUAUCUUGUAUUGCACAUUUGUAUUCUUACUUCCUAUGUUAAUGUACAUCUUUAAAUUGUAUUUUAUUAUAUCUUUGUUGUAUUGCCCUCUUUUACUUUCACUUCUUAU